CAGAAGGGGGAGAGAGAAUGGGUCGAGGAGUAGAAGCUUCCAUCUUUUUCCUGUCUGAAGAUCUUUAUGUUAUUUCUUACCCUCCCCGAGUCCUGUAUUAGAUUGCUCUGCAUCCUGAUUCUUAGGAAACUCCAGAGGAUACGGCAGUGGGACCGAGGAGAACAGAGUACAGGGACAGUACCAGUGCCCUGACCUGCCUGGGUCCUUACUGUGAGCUGGACAGGGAGGGCUUGUGUCCCCCAUGGUCUUCCUAGAUGCCACUACCACAGGAAGAGACCUUACCCAUAGCCACCUCAUGCAGGCUCAGGCUGUACAUCCUCUUCCUCCCAGGGAGGCAUGGCAGUACCUCAUAGGCUGCUUGGGGAGCUAGCUUCUUACAGGGGCAGGUUUUCUGCUCUUAGUUCAGCAACAUGGAGAGGAUGUUCCCUCCAUUUCUACUAUCAGAGGCUGAGAUGUCCCUCCAUUUCUCCCAUCAGAGGCUGAGGUGUUGCUCAGCCCAUGCCAAGUUGGCUCUUGAUGGAAUGAGGAAGUCCCCUGAGAGAUGCUCUUGGCAGGUGCCCUUGGUCAGACCCUAUCACAGCCUGGACAGGCAGCCACGCUGGUCCUUGCCCUUGCUCGGCACUCCAUGGUGGUCCUGCCCUUCUCCCUGCAUGCCUGUGGGUCUGCUCUGGUAUGUGAAGGUUGGUGGGCUUAACUGUGUGCCUGCUGAACCUGGCAAAUAAACGUGACCCUGCAAAGUCUCUGGCCACCCUCUUGCCUUUGCUUCCUCUGUCCUAUUGGGGAGGAGCCCAAGGAAGGCAGUGGGGGAGGGGAGAGGCAGGGAGCAGGUUUUUGGGUUAGUGGCUGGUGCUCAGUGCAUUGCUUGGGGUGAGAGUGCAGGUCACCUUCUCCAGUGUGGUACCUGGAUGAUGUUGAUGGAAAUCCUCUGGACUCUAGAAAACCAUAUUGUUGACAAGGAGCCUUUGUCUUAACUUGGACAUAGAGGUGGAAUCCACUCAGGGCCAAACACUAUAGGGAGAGACCUUGCUCAUGGGCGAAGCGGACCUCCUUGGGCUGGGGAGAGGGUGGGAUUGCACAACAGUUCUGUGCUGUAUGUUGAUGCCUGACUUCCUGUGAAUACCUGUGAUUUCCAGUUAGACCAAAAAGAUUUCACUUUGCCUUCCCCAGCUGGAGCAGACCUGCUUUAUGGUAUGGAGUCCUGUAUGUUUCCUCUGGGGGAGUAAUUCUACUAACCAUAUGGUAAAAUCCCUAAGGAGAUGCCCUUCAGCUCAGAGGAGCUUUGGUGAAUUCACCUGGGUUGCUUUCUCAGGGAAGACCUUAAAUUAUCUGAUGUGGGAAUAAUAAAGAGGGUUUGUUAUUUCCUGGUCUUUGAAGUAUCUGUACCUUCAAAAAUCACCAUCCUACAGUCCCCGGCAUGAGGAAUCCCUGGAGGUAAGAGCUAAAUAGCUGGGCUAGUGUCUACCUAAUCUCAAGGAUUAUCAGGGCAUAUUUGAAGGCUAGUGUAAGUGGUUUGAAGGGUUGGGAUUUAAUGCGUCCAUCUUUCCAAGAUCAUCCACUAUAGAAGGCUGAGAAAGUGGGGGCCUUCUUUUGGUCUGGGCUUCCAGCACAAGGUCUAUCACUCUCCAUAGCCAUGGGACCAUCAUCCCUUUUCCUUGGGAUUGUCAGUCUGUCUGACCGUCUCCAAGUGCAGCAAGAAGAGGUCUGGUUCGCUUCGCACCAGCUCUAGCUUGAGACAAUACCGGCUUAGCAGGGAUAGGGUCAGACUGCAGCGUCUCUGUUUUCCUCCCCAGCCCAUCGCAGGGCUCCACUAGUAGAAAUGGGGAUCCACUCCUAGGAGACUGCAAAGAGUUACUGCACUAAGUCCCAGGAUUCCGCGCGGCGGGCGGGCGGUUUAGCCUAGAUAAUCCAGCCCCUCAGCCCGAGGUUUGUCCAAUCAGAGAGAAGUACUCAGACACGGGUUUGUUAUGAUUUCCGCUUGGCUACCGGAAGUCGUGCGGUGGAGCGAAAUUUGAAGGAAGUGGAGCCGCUGGGUCGCUGCCAUCAAACUGGACCUGUUGCAGUUUCCCGGGCUAUCUAGGCUGCUCGAGUCCAACCAUCAUGCCUAUCCGCGCUCUGUGCACCAUCUGCUCCGACUUUUUCGAUCACUCCCGAGACGUGGCUGCCAUCCACUGUGGCCACACUUUUCACCUGGAAUGCCUGAUCCAGUGGUUUGAGACAGCACCAAGUCGGACCUGCCCACAGUGUAGAAUCCAGGUUGGCAAAAGGACUAUUAUCAAUAAGCUUUUCUUUGACCUUGCCCAGGAAGAGGACAGUGUCUUGGAUGCAGAAUUCUUAAAGAAUGAACUGGACAGUGUCAGAGCCCAGCUUUCCCAGAAAGAGAGGGAGAAACGGGACAGCCAGGCCAUCAUCGACACUCUGCGGGACACGUUGGAAGAACGCAACGCCACGGUGGAGUCCCUAAAGAACGCCUUAAACAAGACAGAGAUGCUGUGUUCCACUCUUAAAAAGCAGAUGAAGUUCCUGGAGCAGCAGCAGGAUGAGACCAAACAAGCCCGGGAGGAGGCCCGCCAACUCAAGAGCAAGAUGAAAAGCAUGGAGCGAAUUGAGCUUCUACUCCAGAGCCAGUGGUCUGAGGUGGAGGAGAUGAUCCAAGACGUGGGUGUGGGCCGGUCAGCGGUGGAGCAGCUGGCUGUGUACUGCGUAUCCCUCAAGAAAGAAUAUGAGAAUCUGAAAGAGGCUCGGAAGGCCUCAGGGGAGCAGGCGGACAAGUUGAAGAAGGACUUGGCUUCCUCUAAGAGCAAGUUGAAGACUGUCUACACUGAGCUGGAUCAGGCCAAGUUAGAGCUGAAGUCAGCCCACAAGGACUUACAGAGUGCCGACAAGGAAAUCACGAGCCUAAGAAAGAAGCUAAUGAUGUUGCAGGAAACCUUGAGCCUGCCUCCAGCAUCUCGGGAGACUGUCAGCCGCCUGGUUUUUGAGAGCCCAGCCCCUGUGGAGAUGCUGAACCCACGGCUCCACCGGCCAUCCUUCAGUGACGAGAUUGACCUCAAUGCUACCUUUGCUGUAAAAACACCUCCAGCACAGUCCUCCAGCUCCCAGCAUGGCCACCCGAAGAAGCUGGAGAGGACACACUCUCCUGUGCAGGACGUCCUCAAAAAGAUACCCAAAGUCUCCAAGCAGGAGUGCCAGCUCUCACUGGGUGGCCAGCGCUGUGUAGGAGAGCCAGAUGAAGAACUGGCAGGUGCCUUUCCUCUCUUCAUCCGGAAUGCUGUCUGGGGUCAGAAGCAACCCAACAGGACGACAGCAGAGUCCCAUUGCAACACAGAUGUGGUAAGAAUAGGCUUUGAUGGACUUGGAGGACGAACAAAAUUCAUCCAGCCUAUGGACACAGCCAUAGCCCGACCAUUGCCUGUUAAGCUUAAGGCCAAAAGUAAACAGAAAGUGAAAAAAAAGACUGUGACUUCCUCCUCCCAGCCCAAGCUGGAUACCUUCCUGUGUCAGUGAAUAGUGACCAGAGUCAUGUCUCCGAUUCAUGGGCCAAGACCUGGCCAAGCUGGGAGUGUUUUGGAAGAUGGCACCUUUUCUUGGACCAGUGCAAGAGAGAUACCCAGAAAGUGCACUUCCUGUGUUUCCUUUGCACUACACCACACUGGGUUUACUCUGCGAGCUG